AACAUUUCCGUGUUGUUGAGUAAACUUACUGUUUCACAGCUGACUAGCAGAAGGCCUCGCGGCGCUGGUACAAAGUGGUUUAGGCCGCCGCCCAAAAGUUACCGUUUGUUUCUACGCCUUGUACAUAAUGGCCAACUACGCCAAGCGAUUAUGGCUGGAGGAGGACCUGGGAGAUGACUACCGCUGGUCGUACCGCGUGAGUGAGGUGCUGUUCAGCGGCCGGUCCGAGUUCCAGGAGAUUGACCUGGUGGACACGCCCACCUGGGGCAAGGUGCUGCUGCUGGACGGCAAGAUGCAGAGCACGGAGGCGGACGAGCAGGUGUACCACGAGCUGCUGGUGCACCCGCCGCUGCUGCACCACGCCUGCCCCAAGCGCGUCUACAUCAUGGGCGGCGGCGAGGGCGCCACCGCUCGUGAGGUGCUGCGCCACAAGACAGUGGAGCAGGUGGUCAUGGUGGACAUUGACAAGGUGGUGACGGACUUCUGCUCCAAGCACCUGGAGCGCAACACCCAGGCCUUCGCCGACCCGCGCCUCACGCUCAUCAACGACGACGCGCGCACGCAGCUGGAGCAGGCGCCCGACGGCUCGUUCGACGUGGUGAUCGGCGACCUGGCGGACCCGCUGGACGGCGGGCCCUGCUACCAGCUGUACACGCAGGAGUUUUACCGCAACGUGGUGCUGAAGAAGCUGGCGCCGGGUGGCAUCUUCAUCACGCAGUCGGGUCCGGCGGGCUUCCUGUCGUGCAAGGAGGUGUUCACCGCCAUCCACUCCACCGUGCGCUCCGUGUUCCCGGUGGUGGUGCCGUACGCGCAGCACAUCCCCUCCUUCUGCGACAUCUGGGGCUACAACAUGGCCUUCAGCGACGCCGCGCAGGCUCCGCUCAGCCCCGAGGAGCUGGACUCGCGGAUAGGCGCCCGGCUGGACGGCGUGCCGCUGCACUUCCUGGACGGCGUCACGUUCCAGGGCCUGCGCCACCUGAACAAGAUGGUGCGGGUGGCGCUGCAGGAGGAGAAGGAGGUGUACACGGUGGACAGCGCGCGCUUCAUCCACGGAGCCGGCGUCAAGGCGUAGGGAGCGCGCCAGUGGCAGGGCGGGGAGUGCGGACACGGGGUUAUGCAGCGGCGCGGGGCACGCAGGGCUGCAAUGGCCGGUGCGCAGCUGGGUGGGUGGGUGGGUGGGUGGAUGGGUGGCUGGGUGGGCGGGUAUGAAUACUUGAUGGGGCGCUCUUGCACCGGGGGCGGCUCCCGGUGAACAUCAGGGUGCUGCUUCCGGGAACAGGUCGGGCAGGCAGACGGUAAGCCGUGGCACAGAUUACGGAGGGUGGACAUUGUGGGGGUGAUGGCCAGCAAGCGUUCUUUGGUUGUGUUUUGUGUGUGGUUAUGGGCUGGGGCAGGGACAUGCGAUAGGUUGCCCGGACGAGUACAAUGGGUUGUUCCUAUGCGUUUCUGUGUGGAAUGGGGUGCAGAUUGCUGUGCGGGUGCCACAAGUGCGGGCCAGGAUAAGGACUCGGGUUGGCCAGUAGUGCACACACUCCCGAGUUUGAGAUGCAGCGAAGGUCCACAUGCCGCACAUAUUAUAUCACAGUUGGCACCUGGCAGCGGCGAAAAGGCCUUGCUGUGAGCCUAUGACAGUGUAAAUGGAGGAUUACCGCUAGAGAAGUGUUUACCGCUGCUCCUCGUACACAUGCCGUUGGCGUCCAAAAGGCUCACUCAAUCCAAGAGUACCC